CCAAACGGAUUCCGCAAAAUGUCGUCGUUUCGUCGCCCGCAAUCGACCGGAUAUCAGCACACCGAGGGUCUGUCCGGUGCCGAGUAUUUAGCAUCGAUCUACGGAACCGUUGAGAGUUGUGUUAGAUUCUGUGGGAUUGUUGAUAGUUUUGAACAAGGAAUGACGUUAUUUGGAGGGAUUUUGCUUUUUCGUGAAAAUUUAUUAAUUUCUUUUUCGUUCUUUCAGAUAGGCGCCUGUCGUCAUGGUGAUAAAUGUUCGCGGACUCAUAAUCGACCGACUUUCUCGCCAACAAUCCUCCUUCAGAAUUUCUAUCACAAUCCCGUCGUGGAUCUGCGUCAAGCGGACGCUUUUGAUAAAGUAGGUAAGAAGAACGAACAAGAGCAGAAAUAUUUCGACGAUUUCUAUGAAGAGGUUUUUACGGAACUGGAAACGAAAUACGGUGAAAUAGACGAGAUGAAUGUGUGUGAGAAUAUUGGAGAACAUAUGAUUGGAAACGUUUACGUGAAGUUUGUAAGGGAGGAGGACGCGGAGAAGGCGGUGAAGGAUUUAGAAAAUAGAUGGUUAGUGACUGUUUUGGAAUUUGUUUUGUAUUUGGUGCGGUUGGAUGCGUUUAGUUACACAUUCACAACAGCAAUCAUAAAAAUAAAUUUAGCGUUAUAA